GUGGAAUCUUCCAUUUUAUCUCUUGUCAAUUUCGCAUUUAGUUAUCGUUGUUAUAAAUAAUCAUGUUACGAUUAGAUUUGUUCGCGCGAUUUUCAUUUCUCGUCGAAAGAGCCAUUCCGUUCAGAAUUGAAUUGGCACACUUCAAGCUUUACUCGUAUAAAGUAUUUCUUUUUUUCCGGUGCAAACUUUUGCUGUACGUAAUAUCUACAUACAUGUUGUAUAUAUGUUUGUAUGCACACCACAAAUACCGCGAUCCCUCUAUUUUUUGGGAAUCAUCGAAACCGAACUACUAUGAAGUUAGCUUGAGUUACUAGAAACGCGUGCAGCUAACUAGCGCGUAAUCUAGUAAAAAAGCAAGCUUGUCCGAUGAAUUUGUCUGCUGAUUGACUACGAGGUAGAGAAUUUCUCGAAAAUUCUCUCUUCUACAGCCAAUAAAAUUAUAGACUGCGCUAGUUUGAAUGCGCAGAAGCAUAAAAUUUUGAUCUGGUGACACUGAGCUCCGUUAUCGUCGAUUAUUACUAAAUGACGUUUUCCCAACGUCAUUAAAUAAAUAACACAAACGUAGUCAUGACGGAAGCAUGGAGGUUGGAUCAUCGCGCGAGAAAGAGGAUCAAAGAGGUGAAAAAGAAGGCUCGACCAGAGCUCGCUGAUAAAGCCGCGUGGAUCCAGCAUGGCUAUUGUAAAAUUUUUCAAAAAUUCUGGGAUUUUCAAGACAAUGCUGAACGAAUCGAUGAAUCUAGUGUGACUACGGAAGAAUUCGUAGAAAAAUAUGAAAAACCUUAUAAGCCUGUGAUAAUACGAGGUGUUCAAAAUGGCUGGAGAGCCCAACACAAAUGGACUAUAGAGAGAUUAGCAAAGAAAUAUCGAAAUCAAAAGUUUAAAUGUGGAGAAGACAAUGAAGGAUAUAGUGUAAAAAUGAAGAUGAAAUAUUACGUUCGAUAUAUGUUUAAUAAUGAAGAUGACUCUCCUUUAUACAUUUUUGAUAGCUCGUUUGGUGAACAUCCUAGACGAAAAAAAUUGUUGGAAGAUUAUGUAAUUCCUAAAUAUUUUCGGGAUGAUCUCUUUCAUCAUGCCGGCGAACAUCGAAGACCACCAUAUCGUUGGUUUGUUAUGGGGCCUGCAAGAUCUGGCACAGGAAUACACAUAGAUCCAUUGGGUACCAGUGCAUGGAACGCAUUAAUCUCUGGUCAUAAACGCUGGUGUCUGUUUCCUACACAUACUCCUCGCGAACUUCUAAAAGUAACUGCAGGCGAAGGUGGUAAACAAAGGGACGAAGCUAUUACAUGGUUUUCAAUCGUCUAUCCACGCACAAAGCUACCUACUUGGCCAAAAGAUUGUCGUCCAAUAGAAAUUCUGCAAACUCCUGGUGAAACUGUUUUCAUUCCCGGCGGAUGGUGGCACAUUGUAUUAAAUCUCGACGAAACUAUAGCGGUCACGCAAAACUUCUGUUCGCGUACUAACUUUCCGGUAGUUUGGCAUAAAACGGUACGAGGAAGACCAAAAUUAUCGCGAAAAUGGUUAAAAGUACUCAACGAUAAAGAACCUGAAUUGGCAACUUUAGCAGAAACUAUAGAUGUAAAAGAAGAUACCGGUGUUGCCAGUGAUUCCUCAAGUGGUUCCUCGAGUAGUUCAUCGAGUAGUACCAGUAGUAGUCAAUCUGAGGAUAGUGAGGACGAUAGCGGUCAAGAAUCACUUACCGCGCAUAAAAAGAAAAAGAGAAGAAAAUUGACUAAUAAUCAACCCUGACAAUAUCCAGUAUUUGGAACCUACAGAGACCUCAGACUGUACAGUAUUAACCAACAAUUAUUGUUUGUACUAAGAAUAAAUAUUAUAAUUAUUAUUAUUAUCAUAUCUUUAUGUUCAUAACAAAAUAAAUAUCAGAUAACACAUAUAGCUUUUUUUCUAU